GUAUGAUUUUAGCAAAGCAUUAUAUAUCGAAUGUAACAUCUUUAUCAAAAGUAAUAAUGUCAUACAAGGUGCUUGUAACAUGUCUCUCCUUUAUUAUUUUGGUUAUAUUAAUAUAAGAGAUGAUAUAAGAGAUGGUAGAUUGUUAUAAUUCAUCUUGGUGAAUGGUAGGGUCUUAUAAACAUGUUUCACAAAAAAAGAAAGAAAAAAGUUGUUUUUGAAAAGACAAGGCAGAAACAUGUGGACUUCAUACAUUACCUCCACCUGAUAUGUUUCCCAGACUAUCUACUCUCCAGUGACUCUUUUACUUUUAGUUCCCUAUAUAUACUUUAGACACUUAGAUAAACUUGCUUACAAACUAAACCUGAUCCAUUUCUAUAGAAGCACAAACAUUCAAAUAUUCAUCACUUUCAGAUUUUUCGUGUCAAUAUCCCUUUUUGGUUACUUGCAUUAAUCCUCUAAGAUGGGUAUUCAAUUGAUUGGACUAUCUAACGCCAAGCAAAAGCUUCAAAGAAGCUUAUCAGCAAAAAUCACGAGCUUUUUGGCCAUAUCAGGUGCUAAUAAUGUCCCAAAGGGUCAUGUCGCCGUCUACGUGGGUGAGACUUAUCGAAGAAAGAAGAGAUUUGUGAUACCUAUAUCAUGUUUAAACCAUCCAUUGUUCCCAGAUUUGUUGAGCCUUGCGGAAGAAGAGUUUGGGUUCGAUCAUCCCAUGGGAUGUCUAACCAUCCCUUGUACUGAAGAUUACUUCACUGCUCUAGCUUCUAUUUUAAAUGGUUCGUGAUAAGAGAGUCACAAUAUUCAUUAAGUUUCUUUAUACAUAUAUAUUUGUGUAUUUUCUUUAAAUCUAUUUAAGGAAGUGGAAAGAAAAUAACUCGAGAUUGAGAUACUAAGACCAUGUUUAUCGCAGAUCCUUAACAGGAUUCUUAAGGUAAUAAACUGAUUUAAUUAAAUGUAAACAAAAUAAAAAAGCAAUUAUCGAUCCUUAAGUAAGAGUUUUGGGGAUCGGUUUUUAGGUUGGUUUUAUUGCACGUGUCAGCACACAAAUACUCCUGUUUUUUUUUUCUUUGUUUUUUUUCUCCUUCUUCGCUCGUCUUCGCCGUUCCCUCGUCUCCUCCUUCUUUGAUCAUCAUCAUCAGGUGGGUUUACCGGUUCUGGAUUCGCGGAGCUGAAGCCGGAGCUUGCGACGAGCCUCCUGGUAAAGACUACUCUGUCCAGAAGAUGAUCCUCGGCACCCACACUUCAGAGAAUGAACCCAAUUACCUCAUGAUAGCUCAGGUCCAGCUUCCCCUUGACGACACCGAGAGCGAAGCUCGUCAGUACGACGACGAACGGUCCGAGUUCGGUGGGUUUGGCUGCGCCACCGGAAAGGUGCAAAUUAUUCAGCAGAUAAACCACGAAGGGGAGGUGAACCGAGCUCAGUACAUGCCUCAGAACCCUUUUGUGAUUGCUACCAAGACGGUUAACGCGGAGGUGUAUGUGUUUGAUUACAGCAAGCAUCCGUCUAAGCCGCCGCUUGAUGGAGCUUGUAACCCUGAUUUGAGGCUGAGAGGUCACAACUCUGAGGGGUAUGGCUUCUCUUGGAGUAAGUUCAAGGCGGGGAUAUUAACGCUACUCCUAAAAACAAGGUCAUUGAUGCUCAGCAGAUCUUUAAGGUAAUGCUUUGAUUCGUGGAGAAGCAAUUGUAAAGUUUAUAGACAGAUAUUAAGUGUGAUUCAUGUGUUUACCGUACACCUGUUUGGAACCGUUGGAGAUGAUCAGUACCUUCUUAUAUGGGAUCUGCGUUCUCCAUCUGCCAGUAAACCUAUACAGUGUGUGGUUGCUCACUCCAUGGAGGUGCUUUGCAAUGAACUGAAUUUUAAGAGCAGAGAAGGUUCUCCAAUAACAGAGGUAAAGCCAUACAUACCUUUUAACAUUAACCCAGCAGGGAUGCAGCCUGUUCUUACAACCACUUACCUCUUGGCAUUUCCCAGCAUUCUUGCAAGCAUUGUGGGUUCACCGUUCUUGUUACACGUGAAGGAUAUAUUAAACCCUGAAAGCACAGUUGGGGCACCGCCAUGGGUUUACUACUCAGUCUAUGCGUUUUUCGUGUUUCUCUUCAACAUCUUUGACAUUGUGAGUGUUACUUACUCUUUUUUUUUCUCAGCCUGAGUUUCAAUCUUCUAUGAACAUUAAACAUGAUUAGUUAUGCAUGUUUGUGUCACGAGAUGGUUUUGGUUUUGUAUGUUUGUGACACGAGAUGGGAUUGUAUAUGUAAGUCUCAAGUUGGUUUUGGGUCUUCUCUCUUA